CGGGUGUGCGUGUGCGUGUGCGUGCUCUCAUGUGUGCUUGGUUGCCUGCUUGUAUGUGUCAAGCCUCCUAGGGCCCGAGGUGUGUGCUUGAGGACCACUUGUCGGUGUCUGGCUGAGAAUUUCUGGCAGAAAGAUGGGAGAGGUCCGACGGAAACCAGGCAGCUCAGUGGUUGAAGUACUUCAGAAAGGAGACAUUUUUUUCUUUUAUAAGCCUAAGGUUGACACGGAUGAUCCACAUGAUCUCAGUCAAGUACAGAGGUUCUAUAUCCUGCUACGACCCCACAGGGAGAAUGAGGGGGUGGAGGAGGGGAAGGAUUCAAUAAGAGGUGAUGAUGACCAUAGCAAGCAAAGCAACAGCAAAGAAAACAGCGAGAGCAAUCAGCCAGGUCCUGAGGAGGAUCAUAACGAGAAUAUGGGCAGGAUGAGAGUGAAGAAAGAGGAGGAGGGGGAGGCGACGCCUAUGGUAUCUGCAAGCUCGACAGACGAGGACGGCCGCGGUAAGCAGACAAAAGUUGGGAGAAACGCAGAGCGAAAGAAACGAGGGAACUAUGCCCGGCAUGUGACAGGCAACAAGAAUGGAGUCAAGAAAGAGGAGUGGGGUACAGAGCCUCUUGCAGGUGGAAGCUUUGCCGAAGAGGAAAGCGAACGUGGUAGAAAGAAGAAGAUGAAGUCGGAGAAAGAGGGAAACAACGGUGAUGAAAGGGUCAUGCAAACGAGAAGGACAAUAAAAAAGUGUGUGCAGGGGGAGGAGGAGGAGGGGGUGCCAGUGGCUGCUGGAAGCUUUGCAGACGUCGAGGAAAGCCGACGUGCGAGAAGGAAGAUGAAGUCGCAGAAAGAGGGACACGGUGAUGAAAAAAGGGUUGACCACAACAAAAGGACGAUAAAGAGAGAGAAGAGAGAGGAGAUGGAGCCAGUCACAGUAGCAGCUGGAAGCUUUGCAGAAUGGAAGUGUCAAAUCCAGGAGGGCCAAGAUGCGGGUAGAAACGUUGAGAGAGAGGAGGAGGAGGAGGUGGAGCUGCCAUGGCACGUGGCUGGAAGAUCGACAGAGACAGGGAAAGAAGGAAAGCUGGAGGAGGAGCGAAUCUCGGAUGAGAUGACGGAAACGAAGGUAAAGAAAAGCAAGGAGGAAUUUGAGGAAGAUGAUGUUGCACCAGUUGCAGCGGGAAGCUUCGAAGACGAUGAGAUGCUGAGGAGGAGGCAAGGAAAUGUGUCCUCCGCGCAGACUAGUAAGGAUUCAGAUCAGGUUAAAGAGUCGAGAGAGAGAGAGGGUGUAAACCUUGAGGGCGAUGAGGAGCAGCAGAAGGCGCCAUCUGAAGCCAAGAAGCAGGAGGCGGAGGAGGGGGUGCCAGUGAAAAAAGAGGACUCAGAGAAGAGGACAAAAAAGAAGGUCGUGAAAAAGGACUUUGAGGAGGAUAUUGCGCCAGUUGCCGCAGGAAGCGUCGGAGAUCAAGAGACGCUGAAGAGCGAGCAAGGAAAUGUGUGGAGGUCCACACCGUCGAGAGAGAGAGAGGGUGCCAAGUCUGCGGGUAACGAUGAACGAUGGGAAAAGUUGUCAUCCAAACCCCAAGGUUCCUCCUUUGACCGCAGCGGAGUCAAAGGUCAACUAUCUCACCGGUCUGGUGGAGGAGUGGAGGACUCCGUCAAGCAUGAGGAGGAGAAGUCUCACGAUGAAACUAAAAGACCUGUAGCUGCUAAACAUGAGGCUUCCAACGACUCUGCAAAGGAACGAGGAAAGGGUACGGUUAGUACAUCAUGCAACCUGUUAGUGAUUGGGCGAAAGAGUCUCCCGAAUCCAGGCGAAACGAAGCGCGAGCGCCCGUACUGGGGCUUCGUAGAGGCCGCGGGAAAAGAAGCUGAGGAGAUGAAGGAAGCACUAGGUGGGUCGACGUACUCGACACGUACACGUGGCCAACGAUACCAGCCGGAGGGAAGAGCAGUGGGAGAAGGAGUGUACGCGCUGAUCCGCCACCAUUCCAGAUCGACGACGCACACACACCUUAUCUAUGCGUUGGAGUUUCCGAAAGGCGAGCUUGGCCCUCCGCAGCAAGCCUUUCACAUCAAGCGCCAGGCGAGUUACAUUAUACAGAUCAAGAACCCCGAGGUACCAGCGCCGGUUGGAGCUGGAGGUGGUUUUAGGAGCGGCCGGAAAGCGCAGUAUCCGCGUCAUUUGCAGGAAACGUUUGGAAGUCGGCGGUUUAUACCUUUGGAAACUCCGGAGUUCCUUGAACAUGAGGGUUGCGAGUUCAUUCUUAUCCCAGCCUCCGACAACUUGGAGCAGGAGUUAGGUGUCGAAAUGGAGACAAGCCAGUGCGAUGCCGCCAAUCCGCAGUGUGCGGACCUUUUCUCCGUGCUUGGUAUGGAACAAUCGGCGGACAAAGUAACUGUUGUGAAACCAAUGCUAAAGGGAGAAUGGGCUUAGUCGCUUGAGACUUUGGGACCGGUCCCGCUGAUGCCACAUUUGUCCUGAGCUAGCAUGAACCUGGCUUAGCUCUAUGUUCUGAUUCA